AAUGAGUGAUGUACUCGUGCGCACUGCUAUUCGUCGAUGACGCAUCGCACACAGCUAAGGAAAGGUAAUGGUUCGAACGUAAUACGACAUGGAUAGAACUUUGAAGGGGGAAAGAAAGGUUAAUACUUCGCGUUUCAUAUAACUAUUCGAGUAAUCUUAUUUUCUUGAUUCUCACGUUCACCGCGUGUAAGUACAAACAUUAUUAUUCGUAUAUUGCGUAUAUCGUAUGAAAAAAAUUAAUUGAGAAAGCAAGAGGAAAAGAGAGAAACGAAGAGAAGAAAAGAGAGGAAAAAUAGAAACUAGGAUGAGAGGAGCAAUCGUUGCCAGCAUCAGUGUCGUGAUAUUCGUUGGAGCAAUGUUGUGCAGCAGCUCUGACGGACAAGUGUACAUGGGAACGAAUUGGUUGAAAGAUCUGAACGAGAAUAUCAAUGCGUUGAACAGGAAUUUACAACAAAAUAUGCACCAGCUGCAACAACGAAUACAUAACACGGUGCAAAGAAAUUUGGAACAAGUUCAUCGAUUGACGGAAAAUCUAGAUAAUAAUUCUAGUAAUUCUAUGAUCCAAAUGAUUGGAGGAAACAGUGUCGUCAUAUCGAAUAAUGAUGGAACUAAGAUCGUUCAAUCCGGUCGUACUUCCGAUGGAAAACCUUAUAUCCGUGAAAGCACGGACAAAAUUAUAGGCGACACUCUUCAACAUAUUGAAAGAAUUUAUGAUCCCAUUACUAAUACUUCAAAGAUGCACGGCUAUACGUUGAAUUUAAAGGAUCCCUCGGCUAAACCUGUUCCGUUAAACGAUACUGCGUAAAAGAUGCCAAGGAAAAAAUGAUGUUACUACUUAUAUCUUAUAUUUAACAAUAAUCAUUUAUCUAUCUAAUAUUUUAUUUCCACAUAUGUAAACGACAAUAAAUGAGUGAAUAAUCAA